UUUCGUUAGUAUCUGCAUGCCACCACUCCAUAGCACCAAGUCCCAGGCUCGUCUCCACAAACGGGAAACGCCAUCUCGCCAGCUCAUCCCCUUUGAGGUAUUAGGCGCUGCGGUGGCUUGUGUAGAGCUACUGCGAUCGUCCAAUGGGGGCAUCGGUGGCUCUGUAAUUCGCACGAGGGGGGCCAGAUAGUGAUGCCUGUCGCCGACAUCAUGCGCGCUUAUCAACUCGGCUCGGCGGCGGCAUGUGUCCCUUCAUCCGCCAGGACCGCCAGGCAGGAGGAUCAUCCUCAUCCUGUCGGAUACCAGUCACACCGAAGGACACAGGUCAACUACGGUGGCAAAAGCACAUUGCAGAGGCUGCGCCAGCUGAUUACCACCCCCCUGUUCAAUCAGAAAUCCCUUACAAUGGAUUCGCGUGCGCAGCUUUCUCUCUCACGGGCAAGGGCUCCACUACUACUGUGGGUAGUCAUGCUACGAUAGGUCCCUUCUCAGCCGAUGUCUUAGCCUUCUUUCUACAUCGCAUAAUGUUCUGUUCACCGUGUUCCACCAUUUUGCCGUGUUCUGUGCCACUUCAUUCUCGAUGGCGCUGGCUUCGGCCUUCCGGCCUUCUUCUCAUCCAAAAGGGCGAGCUCCAUUCCGACUUAUUUCGAAGAAUUGUGACCGCGUGGCGUAGUCCACCCUAUGUGUGAGAAUUUUGCGAGGCGAGACGACUGCUCUCCAUCUACUUUCUCUCUGGGAGGGUUAAGUUUAAGUUACCUACUAGCCAUGGUCUAUGACAGGCACGCUGCGAACUUCUUCUACAAGCCUGACGGAGAUGGGAUCGUGACUAAUCAGGUGUAUAGUCUGCAGUAGUGUCUAGAAGCUCAUAUACGACAUGAAUGUUCAUUGAUAUCAGCAUAGCAGAACAGGUUCUGGAUCUAGACGGGUAAAAAGCUCGAACACAAGCGUACGAUGCCG